AUGUGCUGUGUUAUUAGCAAACCGAAGGACGUGGCAGAGAAAGCAGCGGAAGUCCAACAAGAAGAAUUCUCGAGACUGGAAGAUGGGCAACAACAGAAGGAAAUGAAGAAAGGAUCUCCAGAUCCAGAAGACCAGAAAGUGUUACUACAGAAAGGGGACGCCAAAAUAAAAGCUCAGGAGGAGGCUGACAAACGCAAGAAGGAACAGGAGAGAAUUAUGUUACAGAAUUUGCAGGAGAGAUUAGAGAGAAAAAAGAGAAUUGAGGAGAUUAUGAAGCGGACAAGAAAGACAGAUUCGAAUACCGCAAAGGCUGCAGAACCCUUUGUUGAUAACACGUACGAGGAGGACGAGGCGGACGAUGAGGAGGAGUCAGAAAGUGAUGACAAUUCGUUUGAUGACCUGCGUCCAUCAGCCUUUAUAAAUGGCAUGGAUUCAUCCACAAAACUCAAAACACAUUUUAAAAACAUGAAGAAGAACACUCCCAAGCUGGUGUUUUUAGACGCCACUUCUGGCCAAGUUCGUAGAGAGACAAAAACAUUUUUUAAUGGCGACAUGAAAAACUUCAGACCAAAAAGUGCGAAAGACCCUUUGGCUCAGGCAAAAGGUACCAGAUCGUCCACCAAAAGAAUGACUAGCCAUGCAGCCAAUACCAGAAAGGCAAGUGAAACCUGUAACGCCGUGGGACCUUCCAAGAGUUUAGACCCAGAGGCACAGGAGUGGAUCUGUGACAAAAUUAUUGACAUCAGAAAUGAGGCAGAGUCCCUUAUGUCCAGUACCCCUCCUGAUAGCCGAAAAUACCAUCUGAAAGGUUCCAUGACAUUCCACCAGAGUCCCCCGUUGCCUUUAGACGACAAGAAAAUCAAUUCUGUUCCUGCUCCAUCGGGUAAGGCCUCCUCCUGUCUUUACCUUGCUUGAAAGGCAGUUGGCCAUGAACUCUCCUGCUUCUGGCUCUUCCCAGGCCUUCUUGGUACCCUGUCACUCUGAGGCAAGUAGGGAGACGGCGGUGGGUCUGAAGGCUAAGGUGGAUGUCAAAGGCUCUUCUACUGAGUUGGCAUUGAGAGCAUAAAGGGCUUGAUUCUAGCUCUGAUGCCCUGCCGUUUCCUACCAGAUACACAAAGUAGGUUCUCGUCACCGCCCCUGGUACACCGGCUGCGUUAGAGCGUGCAGAUAAAUAAUCAUGUAGGGCGCAAGGUUUGUCAGCCCUUUGGACUUAGUCUCUCAAUCUGGUUUCCCAA